AUGGACUCAGUCGCAAGCCAGCUCAACAAUGUCUCGGCAUUCCUCUCACAGCAGCGUCCGAUUCAUCUGGUCGCCGCCACAGCCUUAACAACGACUAGCCUUCUAGCAGCCUGGGUUGUCAUGGACUACAACGCAUGGAGGGAAUUUGGAACAGGUGGGACCCCGCCCACAUGGGCCGGCUACUGGCGAAUGACCAAGAUCCGAUUCAAUCGCCUGCUGGCUUCUGACGACCUGCGAGAUCCUUCUCCGCUCGAUGCCAGCGCAGGCCCGCGCUACCUACCUGCAGAUUUCGACCAGAAACGCCGUGUGGGCCCACGACCCCGCAUCAUGGCAAGGACGAUGCCACAGCGCCAGGUCCCAUACAAGAAAUCGGAUUUCGAUGACGGCGUGGAGGCGCGAGUACAGAGUAUGUGCGCCACACUCGCGUUGAAGUACGAGAAGCUGGUGUAUCUCGCACCGGCGAAGACAGAAGGCGGAGCGGCAGAUGGAAUCUACAGCAGAGAGGAGCUCGAAACACUGAAUCCAGCGGUCAAGCAUCCGAAGAACAAAAUCCUGGCCGGCGAGGUUGGACACGCACAUCCUGCAGACGGGAGCUUACAUGUCUGGUUGAGUGAAGGAGAUGCCAGAAGGGUGGUGGAAGGGGGGUGGGGGGAGAGGUUUCCUUUGGCAUUUGUGGACAAAGGGUGGGUAAUGGUAUACGCCCCGAAGACAAUGACUGAGGCCGAUGUGGUGGAGGAGAUCCUGAAGUCGGGAAUUGGCUGGGUCUGCGGGCAAAAGGUGGAAUAG